AAAUGCUGCCAUCGCCGCUGCCCAACAAGGCACAAGCUCAGGCACACCGACUGCUAUCAUCAGGCGACGACGACGAAUGUCGCAAGUUUAUCAGGGAGAACAACAUUGACAUGAACCUCCCGAACGCCCAGGGAUGCACGCUGCUCAUCACUGCCUGCGCCUUUGAUCGAAGUACAUUGCUGCAUGAACUGGUGGCCAGGACCAACAAUAUAGCCGCGGCUACAUACGCCAAUGCAAACAAUGCGUUGCACUUUGCCGCACUCUCCACACACCCCGAUGUGCUUCGGUUGCUGCUAGAAGCUGACGUCGACAAGUGGCAGCCAUGGAUCAACGUCGGCAACGCCAACGGCGACACCCCACUGAUGGUCGCUUGCACCACCAAGUGUGUCCAAGCCGUGAACGCUCUGUUGCUGCACGGAGCUGACGUCACCGCGUCAAACAAAGACCGCGUCACAGCGCUAAUGUGUGCUGCAAAGGAAGCCUGCGAUUCCCCACCAGACGAAGCUGUCCAACUGGUUGGGCGAUUGCUGGCCACUCGUGACGUGGCAUCCACAUUGAACGCCACCAACGUCGACGGCAACACGGCAUUGCACUUUGCCGUUCAGAGCCGUCGUCCAAAUGUCGUCCGUAUCCUUCUCAACGCGCCAUCCGUGGACAGCAGUAUUCGCAACCGCCUUGGCUUGACAGCAUUGGACUUGGCCACAGCUAUCAACGGGUCCUCCAACCAUUCGACGCGUACAUCCGAGGUACUGGAGUUGCUGCAGCAUGCGUGGGUACUUCUCGAGGCCGCAGCCGACCAGCGAAGCCAGGAGCUGCUGCUGUCGAGUUAUUUCACACAAGACACGCCACAUAAACAACCGAAAGCGAAGUGCCUCGUGUCCAGCACACCACCCGCCAUCCCUACCACCACCACCACCACCGCUUCUACGAAGAAGAAGAAGAAAAGCAAGGCCAAAACGAAUCGACAAAGGACAUCAGCAGCAGGCGCCAACAAGGAUUCCCUGGUCACCAAGCAUUUCACGGACGAUAGCAAAGAAGACUCUACAGAUGAGCCUACAGUUGUUUGCGUGCAAAAGCCGCCAUCUCCUCAACACAGUAUCACAGCACAAGUGAAGCCCAACUCGAACGUUCCAUCUGACAACGACGACGACGAAGGCCAGAAGGACGUGACGGACGACGAAGCAGACGUCUUGUACGACACGUUUCCAUUGUUUCGAACGAUGGGGAUUUCCCUUGCCCAUUUUGCCCUGCACGAGCUGGAUGGUCUGAGCAUGGCGCAGCUGGACAUGCUCCAGGACGCCCACAUGCACGCGUUUACAGUUAUCGGCGACAAAAAGGUGCAAGUGGCCAGACAACUCGAAGCCGACCGCAUCCACGCCGCUUAUGAACUGGAGCAACACAUUUUCAAUCUGGGUUAGGUCAUCCAAGUGAGAAACGAUAUCGUACCAAUGCCAUGACGUGGCGCCCUCACAGAUGUAGCCAGAAAGUUAUACUGUCUGACAACCAAGUCGACUCUCCCUCACUUUGCACCAUGUAAUCCAACAAUAGCCCUUCAAUAGUAG